CAAGGUCGGAAAUGAGUAGGGUGACUACAUUUGGCCUUGAGGAUCAACGUGUGGCUCCAGAACAGGUUUAGGACCCGAGUUGUUUGUAACAAGCGAAUCAAGUAGUUAUGACGUGAAGUUUUCUUCGUCGUUCCGGAACAAAGAUAGGAAAGAAAUGAGAGCCACAUAUCUAUCGAUAAUUUUGUACUUUCUUCUUCUUUCUUUAAUUAAAGUGACCGUAGAAGAUGAUGAAUUUCGGUUCACGAUAGUUGACCACAAUCAAACGUUGAAUGAAAAACAAGAAACUCGUAGUUCGGUUUUCACAACGGAGAAAGUGAAAACGUUUUCUCGUGGUUUGUCUUUUUCAACCGAAGGAAUGAGAACUAAUAGUGUCCCCAUUUCCACAACUGAGAAAGUAAGCAGUUUUGCUGACAUUUCGAUGUAUUCGACUGAAGGAAUGAGAACUAAUAGUGUCCCCAUUUCCACAACUGAGAAAGUAAGCAGUUUUGCUGACAUUUCGAUGUAUUCGACUGAAGGAAUGAGAACUAAUAGUGUCCCCAUUUCCACAACUGAGAAAGUAAGCAGUUUUGCUGACAUUUCGAUGUAUUCGACUGAAGGAGAAGAAGCUUAUAGUGUCCCCAUUUCCACAACUGAGAGGAGUCCCAUUUCCUCGACUGACGAAGGAAGAACCGUCGCCAUAUCUGAGAAAGUGAAACGUGUUUCGUUUCCUUUAACAACUGCAAAAGACGAAACGACAAACGUUCCGGCCUCUACGAGUAAAGGAAUGGAAACGUCAACUCGUGAAUCUGCCGUACAGAAACAAUGGAAGAAAACCGAGAAAAUAAUUAAAGACUCAACCAGAAAUAUCAUCCGCCGUCUCCUACCUCUUAUUAUCAGAUCUGGAUCCGAUAUAAACGUUACUUCUGCAUGUCUUGGAAGUGGGUUUAAAUUCUUAACUGGGAUUCGACGCUUAAAGGAAUGGGCCAUACGAAUGGUUGAUGCCGCAGGAAAACCACCAGGAGGCAUUUUGACUGGAACACUCACGGGCUUCGGUUCCUACGACGAAUGUGUGAACAUUGUUGCAAGUCAAAAUCAAAAGGAAUUAUUUAGAGGGAGCUACUGUACAGUUGAUUUUCGACCACCUUUACCUCCCAAACCAAGAUUUUAUAGUAUUAAUGACAAACUAAAAGGCCUAGAAGAGUUCCAGAAAGAAGACGAUUCGUUUUUUAGAACAGUUGGUGCUGGAAAUGCUCAAUUCUUUUACUUCCUGUCAUUUCGGUUGGGUGUUUGUGUUCCAUCAACUUGUGAAAGACAGGAUAUUGAAAACAUUGCAACUGCAGUUGGAAAGUAUAUCGGACUCAAGGCUUCUGUGCCUAGAUGCGAAGUAAAGGAGAAGCUGUCAUUUUCAACUGGGCAACUCGCUGUGAUAGCAGUCCUUGGUGUCUUUGUGGCUUUGUUAAUAACAGGCACAAUCGUAGAGUUAUUCUACAGCUUGUGGAAAGACCAACCAAUUCAGAAACAAGGUCUUGCUGUACAGUUGGUGUCUACCUUCUCCAUAUACACCAAUUCCAAGAAUCUUUUUAACACAACGUCUUCUGCUGAAUCUUUACGUGCUCUGCAUGGCUUGAAAUUUUUCAGUAUGAACUGGAUCAUUUUAGGACACACCUACCUAUUUGUGAACUUCCAAGCUCUUCGUAAUCUCAAGAAAAGUACGAGUUUUGCAAGUGAUUUUGCAUUUCAAGCGAUAUCGAACGGUUUUGUUUCCGUAGAUACAUUCUUCUUCGUGAGUGGUUUUCUAGUCAUUUACACAACGCUGGAGAGUGUGAAAAAGUUUAGUGGACGAUUCAACGCUUUUGUGUUUGCUUUACACCGCUAUCUUCGUUUGACCCCAACUCUUCUGAUGAUCUCAUCUUUAGUCCUGCUUCUCCCUCUGCUCGGUUCCGGGCCUAUUUGGCACGAGACACUGGAUCCCCUGGUGGAGGGAUGUAGAAACUGGUGGUGGACAAAUGUACUUCUUCUAAAUAAUUUUAUAGGGGAAGUGCAUCAGAAGUGCAUGGGGUAUUCGUGGUAUCUCUGCUGUGACAUGCAACUGUUCCUGCUCUCAAUUUUCGUGAUAAUUCCCCUACUCAAGGACAAACUCGUCAUUGGAGUCUGUGUAAACGUCGGUCUCAUCUUGUUAUCAAUAUUGUCCAUAGCUCUGAUAACGUAUUUUAAAGACUUUCCACCAGUACAGCUGCUUAUAAAUCCUGACCUGAGCCAGCAGGAUGAAAUUGUGCAAGUCCUAUAUUCCAAACCGUACACACACCUCGGUCCUUAUGCCAUUGGUAUGCUACUUGGCUACGUUUACUGGAAAAGGCGCCACCUGGUGUUCCCAAAGUACGUUUUGGUGUUGGGAUGGCUGCUGGCAACUGCUUGUAAUAUGGCUGUUGUAUACGGAGUUUACCCCUGGAACAAUGGAACCACACCUACCUUACCUAUAACUAUAUUAUAUGCUGCAACACAUCGUAUAGCCUGGACGUUAGGGGUUGCCUGGGUAACAAUGGUCUGCAUUACUGGACAAGGAGGUAUCGUCAACAAGAUUCUUUCUUGGAAGUGCUUAAUUCCAUUGAGUAGAGUAACAUUGGAAGUCUACCUACUUCACCCAUUGUUACAGUGGUUGUACAUGGCUUCACUCCACGACAAGGUUUAUACCAGCCAUUAUACUGCUGUUUAUCUUUACAUUGGCCAUCUGGUGAUAGCUUAUGCCCUUGCAUUUGCCUGCUGUCUGGCUUUCGAAGCGCCAUUUUAUCGUCUGCAAAAACUGGUUCUUAAUCGACAGUAUAAAGAGAAAGAAGAGACAAAGUGUUGAUUCUUCUGAUAGUGAUAUUCAACAAACGUCAACUGUCAUUUUGCAAGGUUCAAGGCUUAACUGCUAAGUGUUGCUGCAAUAAAAAAUGCCGCCAGUUGAGGUUCAUGGAAACAAAAAAUAUGUUAAAACGCAAUGGGAUCCAUUUUUUGAUUUGUGAUAAGCGUAAAAUUACCAGUGUUUUUGUGUAUUUUUCACGACGAAAUAACAUAACUGUCAUCGACGCUUUUACUGCGGGUUUCAUCUUGUGAAUAAGUGGAACACGUUGGCAGCAAAUAAAUUAAAAACAAAUUGGAAUUAG